AUGAAUGCCACAAGAGCUAAGAAUCAAACAAAUAAUUUAAUUGUUGGAGAACACUUUGAUAUCGAAGUCCCUGACACUGCUCAUCAGAUUAGCAGCGAUUCAUGGUUUCAGGUGGCGUUCGUUCUGACAACGGGUAUAAACAACGCUUAUGUGUUGGGGUUUUCAGGAACAGUAAUGGUUCCUUUAGGUUGGGUUGGUGGCGUGAUUGGUCUUAUACUUGCUUCUGCAAUCUCUCUCUAUGCAAAUAUUCUUGUAGCCAAGCUUCAUGAGUUUGGUGGCAAAAGACACAUUCGCUAUAGAGACCUUGCUGGAUUCAUUUACGGUAGGAAGGCUUAUUGUCUUACAUGGGGAUUGCAAUAUGUCAAUCUUUUCAUGAUUAAUUGUGGAUUCAUCAUCCUAGCUGGUUCUGCUUUAAAGGCUGUUUAUGUGCUUUUUAGGGAAGAUCAUACCAUGAAGCUACCUUACUUUAUAGCCAUUGCCGGUCUGGUAUGUGCGGUUUUCGCUAUUGGUGUUCCUCAUUUAUCGGCUCUAGGGGUCUGGCUUGGAGUUUCGACCAUCCUCAGUCUCAUCUACAUCAUUGUGGCAAUGGUCCUAUCAGUUAAAGAUGGAGUGAAAACAACACAUUCAAGAGAUUACGAGAUACAAGGAUCAUCAUUAAGCAAACUCUUUACCAUCACAGCUGCGGCAGCAAAUCUUGUUUUUGUAUUCAACACAGGGAUGCUUCCAGAGAUUCAGGCAACAGUGAAGCAACCUGUUGUGAAAAAUAUGAAGAAGGCUCUAUACUUCCAGUUCACGCUAGGUCUUUUACCAAUGUACGCAGUUAUGUUCAUUGGAUAUUGGGCUUACGGAUCCUCAACCUCAACCUAUCUGCUAAACAACGUUAGUGGCCCAGUAUGGGUCAAAGCCCUUGCUAACAUCUCAGCUUUCCUUCAGACCGUAAUUUGUUUGCACAUAUUUGCAAGUCCAUCAUAUGAGUAUAUGGACACAAAGUUUGGGAUCAAAGGAGGCACAUUUGUGUUAAAGAACUUGAUGUUUAGGAUCAUGGCUCGAGGAGGGUACUUAGCGGUUAGCACGCUUCUCUCGGCGCUUUUGCCGUUCUUAGGGGACUUCAUGAGCCUCACUGGUGCAGUGAGCACAAUACCUCUUACAUUCAUUCUAGCCAACCACAUGUACUACAAGGCUAUGAACAAUAAGCUUAAUAACAUGCAAAAGCUAUGGCAUUGGGUUAACGUUGUCUUAUUCAGUUUGAUGUCUGUCGCUGCCACCAUUGCAGCUCUCAGGCUCAUUGUCGUGGACUCGAAAAAUUUCCACGUUUUUGCAGAUUUGUAACUCAAUUCUUUAUAUAUAGUCAUUGUAUUCCUUACAUAAAAAC